ACAUGUUCUGACAUAUUGAGUCAUGGUGCUUAUGUGGGUAAAUCAGUUUCGAGCCUAGCAUGCAACAUUUUCUAAUCCUAUUCCCACACCUCACUAUUUCGGUUUCCUUUCUCUAUUAUACCUAUAAAAGUGUAAAAAUGGCCAGAUCUGAAAUUAAUCUGAAUGGUUUUAUUCUAACUUCAUUAACCAUGAGAAAUAAUAAAACAAAAUAAGACAUAAUAAAUGUACUUUAAUAAAUUAAACCUCCAAUUCUUAUAUCUCCCUUGGUUUUUCUCUGAAGAAUGGGAAAACAUCAAAUUGAGGUAAAUUUAUGGCACCCUUACUGAUUUAAAUGUUUUAACGUGAUUAGGUUUAAUGUAAAGCACAACUACAGUACUAUAUAAUCAAUCAAAAUGUAGUAUACUAAUGCACAAUGAGACUAUUUCUCUUUUAUUGUCAUGCAGAUAAGUUCAGUUCAUCCAAAACAGGCAGUAAGGAAGACCAGUCUUCUCAAACAUCAAAAGAUAGUGUUCAGAACGGUAUGUUGAACUGGAUCUCCAAUGGUUUUGCCAGCACACUGCCUCUGCCCGGGAGUCCACUUCUUACGAGAGCCAACUCUGAUGCAAAAUCACUUCAGGAUGAAGGUUCUGUAGACAGGGCUGGAGUUAUUGGCUGGAUCUCACAGGGAAUUGGAAAAGUGGUCCCACAGCCUGAUGAGAAAUACCUACAGGACAAGAGUCCAGAAUCUGAAGAAGUCAUAGAGGUUUAUGAGGCAAAGGACCUCCCAGAUCAGGAGGCUUUGCCACAUAUACCAUUAGUAGAACUGAUGUCAGAAGACGAGGCAUCUGAAGUGGAACCAACCGCUCAGUUCCCUCCUAAUAUAAUGAGCUGGAUAAAGAGCGGCUUCCAGAACGCUGUUCCGCACCAUGUGACCAGACACCCAAGUUCCAGUUCUUCCACGCUGAGGUCAUCACAGUGCUCAAACAAAGUUUAUUCACCUCCUCCAGAGUCAGAAACAGGCGUGACAUAGAUCGAUUCAAAAACUCCAAGUAUGAUGGGUUGGAUUGUUCAGGGUCUGGGUCUUUCAAUGCCACAAAAAACAAAGAAGCUUAAAAACAAAGAAGGAUGUUUGGUAAGUGAGGUGCAAUAGUUUGA